AUGGAAAAAAGUGAACUUCGUGCUGUUAUAAAGUACUUUCAUUUGAAAGGUUUAAACCAGAAACAAAUUAUUGAGGAGUUUCAGACAGUAUUAAGGGAACAUGCACCCUCAAAUGCAACAGUUUACAAUUGGGUAAACGAGUUUAAACGUGGUCGGAUAAUCACCAAAGAUGAGCCACGCUCUGGGAGGCUAAAAGAGGUAAAGACUCCAGAAACGGUGGAAAAAGUGUACAAAAUUGUCACACAAGAUCGAAGAAUUAAAUUGAGAGAGAUUGCUGACAUUGUGAACAUUAGUUAUGAACGUAUGCAUAACAUAAUACAUGAUGAAUUGGGUAUGAAAAAGCUUUCAGCAAGAUGGGUGCCGCGUUUGCUAACUCCUCUGCAAAAAAUGAACCGAAUGUCGACUUCAAAAGUUGGUUUAGACAUGUUUAACAGAAAUCCAUCGGAAUUUUUGCGUCGUUUCAUAACGAUGGAUGAAACGUGGAUCCACCACUAUACACCAGAGUCUGAAGAACAGUCCAAACAUUGGGUAGAACGGGGCUCAAGUGCUCCAAAGAACGCAAAGGUCACCCCGACGCUCAGUGUUCCUGUGCCGAAUACGACUUCGUCAGGAUCCAGCCGUGGUAGCGAAGCGCCAGCCACCUCCGUCACGGCCAGUGAUGCACAGACCGCCCCCAGUGUCACCGGAGCCACUACUAGAGCAGCAGCAGGUGUCGUUUCACGCCAAGACAAUACGGUUGUGGCUCUACAGAAGAGCAUAGCCAUGCUGGAGAGCAGCACUUGUAGUAAUAAGGGAGCAUAA